AUGCCAAUCCAUGCGCGUCAAUCAACCCGGACAGCCUUGCCUGGCUCUUCAAUAUGGAACACCACGCCUGAGACAACCUUCCGCUCCAAUGUUGUAGCUCUUGAGCGGCAGACGAAUGCCGUGCCUCUUGAUUGCCAGCAUUUUCCCGUGUCAAGCUGGGACCCCAUCUCUGAGAAGUCGGCAAGCUACCAGCUCUCGCUAUUACAAGAGCAGCAGCUCGCUGAUGAUUUCUCUUUCAUCGCUGCCGUCGGCGAAGGCGCACAGUCUGUGGCAGCAGCGACAGUUCAAGAGUCAACCCAUUUGUCCUUGGGUUCGUCGGGGCCUAGCCUUCGAUUUACAAUUGCUUCUGUCGAUGCCAUCGACGAAGCUGCACAGAGCUUUCUCAAUGGCAUCUUCAAAAUUCUUUCAACAGUGACCACGAGCAACCAGGGCACCGUUCUUCAAGAUAUUUUCGGUCAGAUUGCCGGAUACCACAGUCAACGCCUUUUGAAUCGCCUGCGCUCGGUCAGGUGGACAAAGCCGACAUACCUCGCCAGGACGCACAAAAAGCCUCUCUUUGCAGAUUUUGAGAAUCUGAAACACAGAGCUCAGCUACUAUAUGCUCGCUCUGAACGCUCUCAGCGCGUUAGUAUCGAAGCGCACCUUGCCUCUCUCGCGUCAGUCCUCGAGGCUUUCGAAGUAGCCUCGGAAGGAGGACCGGCAGCAGAAGCCCAGCAGCGCCUCAAUCUCAUCUGCGCUUGCUUUGACUUUUGCGUCUCGCAGGAGGUAGCGGAGUUUCUUCAUCGCCUUCAGAAAGUGCGGGCAACCUCGCAGAUUCAGGCAUGCCUUAAGACCUUGCACCAGGUCGAAAAGAUUGCGGCGUAUUACAGAAUUUCCAAGACGUUGACGGACUACGCACUGGAGUUUUCGGGCCUCUUCGGAGACGUUGAGCUUAUCUUUUUGACCCCGUACGAAGCAACUCCCAUCGAAGUUGCCUACCAGCCGUGGGCGGCAUCUACUCAUGUCCAUGCCGAAGUCAUGCUCUCGGUACACCACGACCUCAGCAGCGCUACCCAUGCUUUCAUGACUAGACCGAGGUGUAUGGGGGCCUCGAAAUACCUCUGUUAUCUCUGCUACCUGUUCCUUCGCCGACAUGGAAGUUAUUUUCCCUCAAGUACUCACGGCGCCUGUUACGACCAGUGGACGAUUCCCGACCUUGCUGAAUACCCUCACGAAAUGAGACAAAUGUACCAAGGCAUUGUCGAUGGAAUGAACCACGAUGUAGUAGAGGCGAUCAAAGGUGCGACUCGUCGCCCUGAACCCAUGACAAGCCGAGAAAACCUGAUUGAUGCUUAUCAUGCGACAUAA